AUGGACAACUGCAGAACGUUUGAGAAGGGCAGGAUUUACACCUUCAUUGGGGAGGUGGUGGUUUCCAUGAACCCCUACAAGAACCUGAACAUCUACGGCCGGGACACCAUCGAGCAGUACAAGGGCCGGGAGCUCUACGAGAGGCCCCCCCACCUCUUCGCCAUCGCCGACGCCGCCUACAAGGCCAUGAAGAGGCGCUCCAAGGACACCUGCAUCGUCAUCUCAGGUGAAAGUGGAGCUGGGAAAACUGAGGCCAGUAAAUACAUCAUGCAGUACAUUGCAGCCAUCACCAACCCUGGGCAGAGGGCUGAGGUGGAGAGAGUGAAGAACAUCCUGCUGAAAUCCAACUGUGUGCUGGAGGCCUUUGGCAACGCCAAGACAAACCGGAACGACAAUUCCAGCCGGUUUGGGAAGUACAUGGACAUCAACUUUGAUUUUAAAGGAGACCCAAUAGGUGGGCACAUCAAUAAUUACCUGCUAGAAAAGUCCCGUGUGAUUGUGCAGCAGCCCGGAGAAAGGAGCUUCCAUUCCUUCUACCAGCUCCUGCAGGGAGGUUCUGACCAGCUCUUACGUUCCCUGCACCUUCAGAAGGACCCCUCAGCCUACAGCUACGUCUGUCCUGGGGCACAGAUCAAGUGUUCCAUCAACGAUGGUGCCGAGUUCAAAGCGGUGGCUGAUGCCAUGAAAGUGAUUGGCUUCAAGCAAGAGGAGAUCCAGACUGUCUACAAAAUCGUGGCAGCCAUUCUCCACCUGGGGAACUUGAAGUUCUCCGUGGACGGAGACACUCCCGCGAUCGAGAACGGGCAGGUGGUGUCCACCAUCGCCGAGCUGCUCUCCACCAGGGCCGACAUGGUGGAGAAGGCCCUGCUGUUCCGCACCGUGGCCACGGGCAGGGACGUCAUCGACAAGCAGCACACGGAGCAGGAGGCCACCUAUGGCAGGGAUGCCUUUGCCAAGGCCAUCUACGAGCGCCUCUUCUGCUGGAUGGUGACACACAUCAACGACGUGAUCGAGGUGAAGGACUACGCCAGCACCGUGCACGGGAAGAACACGGUCAUCGGCGUCCUGGACAUCUAUGGCUUCGAGAUAUUCGACAACAACAGCUUCGAGCAGUUUUGCAUCAAUUACUGCAACGAAAAGCUGCAGCAGCUCUUCAUUCAGCUGGUCCUGAAGCAGGAGCAGGAGGAAUACCAGCGAGAGGGAAUUCCCUGGAAGCAUAUCGAUUACUUCAACAACCAGGUCAUCGUGGACCUGGUGGAGCAGCAGCACAAGGGGAUCAUUGCCAUCCUGGACGACGCCUGCAUGAACGUGGGCAGGGUCACGGACGAGAUGUUCCUGGAGGCUCUCAACAACAAGCUGGGGAAGCACGCCCACUUCUCCAGCAGGAAGCUUUGUGCCACGGACAAAACGCUGGAGUUCGACAGAGACUUCCGGAUCAAACACUACGCUGGGGAUGUGAUCUACUCAGUCACUGGAUUUAUUGACAAAAACAAGGACACUUUAUUUCAAGACUUCAAGCGCCUCAUGUACAACAGCUCCAACCCUGUGCUGAAGAUGAUGUGGCCUGAAGGGAAGCUGAGCAUCACUGAGGUCACCAAGAGACCUCUGACAGCUGCUACUCUGUUCAAGAACUCCAUGAUUGCACUGGUGGACAACCUGGCACUGAAGGAGCCCUACUACGUGCGCUGCAUCAAGCCCAACGACAAGAAGUCCCCCCAGGUGUUCGAUGAGGAGCGCUGCAGGCACCAGGUGGAGUACCUGGGGCUGCUGGAGAACGUGCGCGUGCGCCGGGCCGGCUUCGCCUACCGCCAGACCUACGAGAAGUUCCUGCACAGGUACAAGAUGAUCUCGGAAUUCACGUGGCCCAACCACGACCUGCCCUCGGACAAGGAGGCCGUGCGGAAGCUCAUCGAGUGCCACGGCUUCCAGCACGACGUGGCCUACGGCAAGAGCAAGCUGUUCAUCCGCACGCCCCGCACGCUGUUCACCCUGGAGGAGCUGCACGCCAAGAUGCUCGUCAGGAUCGUCCUCUUCCUGCAGAAGCACCAGUACACGUCUCAGUGCUUCUUCCUGAGGCCUUGGUGGAGAGCGGGUGAGCUCAUCCGGAGCGUCCCACCAGAAGUCCUCCCCCAGCUGAGGGCCAAGGUGGCUGCCAUGGAGGUGCUGAAGGGUCACAGAGCUGACAUUGGCCUCCAGAGGGCCUGGCAGGGGAAUUACAUCGCUCUGAAGCCAGACAGCCCCCAGAGCUCGGGCUCCUUCGUCCCUGUGGCCAACGAGCUGAAGAGGAAGGACAAGUACAUGAACGUCCUCUUCUCCUGCCACGUCCGCAAGGUCAAUCGCUUUAACAAGGUGGAGGACAGAGCCAUCUUCAUCACUGACAGACACCUCUAUAAGAUGGACCCCAUGAGGCAGUACAAGGUGAUGAAGACCAUCCCCCUCUACAACCUGGUGGGGCUGAGCGUGUCCAACGGGAAGGACCAGCUGGUGGUGUUCCACACCAAGGACAGCCGGGACCUCAUCGUGUGCCUCUUCAGCCCCGAGCCCUCCAGCGACAGCAGGAUCGGCGAGCUGGUGGGAGUCCUGGCCAGCCACUUCAAGAGGAGCGAGUUCUGGGCAGUCCAGAGCAGCCCCAGGAGUCACAGGAAGGACUCUGUGGAGAAAUGGGGUGUGGAAUGA